AGCAGAACGUACGUACACUGUGUUCCUCCCCGUCUUCGGUCCGAAAGACUGAGGCAAAAAAAGUGUUUUCGUUGGAAAUGAGAGAAUGACUUAAACUUCAACACCACACAGGCAGUAGAAGAGGCAUAUGUCAAGAUACCCAUGUUCGAUACGCACUUUUAUAAAGCAUCAGUGCUCCUUUGAGUGUGACUGCCUUUUUUAUGUGAGAAACUUCGAGAAAGGCUAACGUUUACGCACCUCGCGAGGAAGAGUCUAGAGAUAUAAACCGUCGGUGGUGACACCUGAGGAUGCAGCCGGACGAGGAAGGUUUCCCGGAGUCCCCUCUGGGCCCCUCGUUCCCCUCACUCCCCUCGAGGGACGGCGAGAGCGGGGAGAUCCUCGGGGACAAAGUGGUGGCCCUGAGAAGGGCUCCUGAAUCUCCCCGGCGCCUGCGCCUCCGGCCGGGCGUGCCCCGGGACAGGAGCCAGCCCGGCCACUACUCUCUGCUGAAGCAGCACCAGCAGUUCAGCGGCUUCAGGAUUCGGGACGCCUUGGCUCAGCAGGGAGGACUCAGGCUGAGGAAGGGCAGCAUGACCUACAGCAGGGGAGCCGCGCCUCUGCUGCAGCCUCAGUACCAGAUGCGCGUUGAGAUGGAGGGCGGCGUAGCCGUCCGCCAGACCUUCCCGAAGGGGCCUCGGCAGUGGCACGAAGAGUGGGGCCAAGUGCGCUUUCGGCCGCCCUUCCGCGUCCCUCGGGACAGCCUGCCGGAGUCCCAGCGAGCGUUGCCAAGUAGGAAACGCGACCGAGUGCACGUGAGCAUCUGGGAGGAAUUCCUUCUAGGAACCAAAUCCAUCAAGAAGAAUGGCAAAUGCAUUAUAAACGAACAGAGUAUGAUCAUAAAUUCACUCCAGCAGAACCUGGAAAAAGUCGUAUCGAGUAUGAUGUGCGAUGUGGUCAUAUGUCUCAUAUAUCUUAUUUGUGCCUUCCUGCCUUGCUUGACAUACAAUCAUUACAUGGAAUUGCUAGGUUACAUUUUACUCCAUGGUCAUUUGAAACUGCACGAAUACGCCUACGAUAGCAAUAUCGACCUGGAUUUGACAGGAAGUGUAUUUCAAGGUCCCGGGUACAUUUGGGUAAGGUUCUGGUGUCAGCACUGCACACACAAAGAAAGCAUUAAAGUGUUUGACUCCCUCAUGACGAAAAUGAAAGCGGAUAUCCUGACAGCCAAAGGAACGUGACCAUGUUUUAUUCAGUAUCAGAGUUUGUGUCAGUGUUUGCAUAUUUGUUUAUUUAUAUGUAUAUAGAAGGACAAAAUGAUAUUUAGAGGGAAAGAGAGGCAGAGAGACUACAAAGAAAAACAGAGAAAGAUUUUGAUAUUUUUAAAAAAUACACUACUCUCUCCUUAUCUGAUAUUUAACCAGAAGCCACGCCCCUUUUUUUUAGCUAAGAAGUUGAUUGGUUAAUGUACAGUGGAAACGGGUAUCUUUUACGGGUUAAUAUAAAAUAAGAUACUUAAACUUUAAGGUCUAUGUGUAUGAUUUUAAAAAAUGUUUGUAAACUAUCUUUUAUUAUCACUGCGACUGUUUUCCAGCGGCCAAUACUAUUUCAUAUGAAUUGCCUGUUAUUCCAUGAAUUAUUAGUGAAAUGCAUUCCCACACUGAAAUAACCUACGAUUGACAAAGCUAUAAAAGUGAUAAUAUCUGCGUAACAUAUCUAUGUAUAUAUACAUAUAUAUAUAUAU